AUGCCAGAGGUUCUAAGCAGAAAUGCAUUGAAGGGAAAAUGCAGUGGUAAGGAUGUUUUGGUAUUAUCAAUAAAACCGGUCUGUUGUAGCAGAAAAUGUAAAUGUUUUACCUGCUUGAGCAGGCUGAUUUGGUUUAGUGCCCUUAGUAAGCUGUGUGCACUCGUGUUAGUCACAAGAUUUGAAACAAAGGUCACGCAAUAUUCUUUUAGGCUGUCACAAUUACCCAGGAUGCUGAAAAUACCAGACAUGCUCUUGCUCUUCUGUCUUGUUGGGGUAGCAAAUGCCCUAUAUAAACAGUGGAUUCCUGAUACAAACUAUGAGAAUAAGACCAACUGGGACAAAGGCGAUAUUCCUUGUGGCAAUGACAUAGUUCAGUUUUCGGCUCAAAGAAAAGUGUCUGUGUUUGUGGAGACCACUCAUGCUGUGCUGGAGAUGAGGUUGCCAGUUGAUGGGGAGUUCAUCCUGAAUUCAGGAGCUGGAUUUUAUGCUGUCACCGGGCAGGACCCAGGCUGUGGAACGGGUGUCACGACGGAGUUUAAAGAUUCAGAGUCAUUUCAGUGGUACGAUCCAACUCUGUGGCAGGCAGCUGCAACUCUGAAUGACCUAGAGCAAGGAAACUUCCUAUUCUCUGUCCACGAGGAGAGCGUCCCCUGCCAUUACGAUGAUGUUGUUUUUAAAGCCCUCUCCUCCUUCAGAGUGGACACCAGCUCUAGUCAUUCUAGCAUCACUGUCAAAUCUGUGUCUGUGCUGGGGGAUACAUUUACUACCCAGUCUGAGUUCUCCCAGUAUCUCAGCUCAAGUUUGGGCAAACUGCAGUUUCAUGGAUCCUCUGCUGUUGCUGUCGGGAACCCAGCCUGUGAGGAUCCCUCUGGUUGUGACUGUGGGAAUUCUGUACACCAUCAGCAGAUCUGUAGCACAGUAACGUGUGACUCUCCAAACUGUAAGAACCCUCUUCGCCCAACUGGACACUGUUGUGAUGUGUGUGGUGCCAUUGUUACCCUCCUUUUUGAUGACGGUUUUAACCUUCAGACUUACAGGGAACGAAUCCGUCACCUUUUUCUUGCCCUGCCACAAUACCAGUCCAUUGAGCUGGGGAUGUCCAAAGUCUUAAAGCCACAGCGGCUGAUGGGGAUAAUCAGUCUUGGUACGUUAUCUGAAAUCCAGAUAGUAAUACUGGAUGGAGAGCAGGGAAUACAGUCAGCAGCUUUGGCCCAGGACAUAAUGAAGGAUGCUCGUUCUCAUGGCUCUAAUUUGGGAAUCUCCGGAGUUGAAGUUCAGACCUCUUCUGAGGAAACUGGAGAUAGUGCAGGGUUGGCAGUUGGAGUUGUUUUUGGAGUUUUACUGCUGAUUACACUCAUUAUCUUGGGUGUCUUGGUUCAUAAGGGGGUUGUUCAAAUGCCAACACUGAACAGAUUCAAAAAUAGCAAUAACAUGCCAGAUCUCGGUGGACCUCUCGACCAUGGGUUUGAUAAUCCUAUGUUUGACCAGCCCACUAUGAUGCCUGACAUUCCUAGUCUAUAUGGGACUGGAGUUAGUAAUUCAAUCUCCAUGACUCAGACAGCUGUACACUUUGUAAACCCAGCUUAUGAUGAGAGUGAAACAGAUUUCACUGCCUAAAGAUGAACAUAUGUUAGCAUUUAAUGACAGUACUUUUGUUUCAAAUUGAAUGAUUUUAAAUCCCACAAAUUAAAGUAUAUAGUUGUAUAGUUUUACCACCACUGAACAAUGCAAAUAACCUAGGCAACAGGCACUAAAUCUUCGAAUAACCAAAUAAAUCUGUAACGCAAAUAAAAGAAUUGCUGGCAGACAAUUGUGUGUUUUCCUCUUCAUUCGCAUCAUAUUUAAGAGCAAUAAAGUUUCAAAAAGCUGCAGUAAAUCCUUAACACUUCAUGUGCUGCAUAGCUUUCUCCAUGGUGCGCAUUUACAACCACUAUUCAAUUUAAACUUCGAUGUUAUCUAUUGUGGGGGUGAAAAAGCUCUUUAUACAAUAUCUUUACAAAGCUUGUUAUGUAACAUCAAUAAAUAGUCAUAAUAGACCAUUUCUUUUCUUUUACAAGCUCACAGUGGAGGCAGCUCAUAAUCUGUUAGCAUAUACAUCAUUCUGCAUUGACCAGAGCAAAGGUUCAGUGAAGUCGGCCAUGAAUUUAUGGAGCAGCUUGGCAGGACCAGUAACAUUAUGAAAUGAAACUGAGCC